GGUUAGUUGCUUCGAUUUUGUAGCGACGGUGUUGCUUGCUGAUCAGCGAUUUUAUUUACUCCUGCUCCGGUAUGGAUUCAGCUGGAGAGGUCGUCGUCAACGAUGGCAAAAUCACUCACGAGGGUUUCACUGUAGCUGCUCGAGCUUUCUCCGAUAAAUGGAAAAGACAUAACCUUUCGCUCCCUCCUUGGUCAUGGGUUCCUCUGAUCAACCGAACUCUGCUUAAGAAGGAGGAAGGUUACUUAUCGCUAGAGAAGAUCAUUAUUCUCACUUCGCUUGAGGAAAGUGCUGAAGAGGAGUCUCUAGAUGUAACAGCUGGUUGGUCGGAAAAGGAAGAAGCAGAUGAUGAUCACACGGUCUUGGUGGUACAAAACGUUGAAGAUGAAGCGCACUACUAUGAUUACCAUAUCGUUUACAGUGCAUCGUACAUGGUUCCUAUGCUCUAUUUUCGUGGAUACUCUAGUGAUGGGAAGCCUCUUUCUUUGGAUGUUAUCAAAAGAGAUCUGCCCUCCAGCUCUGUUAGUCUUUUGUUGGAGUCUAAGUGGACUUUUAUAACACAGGAGGAGCAUCCCUAUUUGAACAGGCCGUGGUUCAAGCUGCAUCCAUGUGGGACUGAGGAAUGGAUCAAGCUGCUUUCCGAAAGCAGCAGCUUAAAUGACUGUCGGAUGCCGAUUGAGUUGUACUUAGUUUCAUGGUUCUCUGUUGUUGGGCAGGUGGUUGGUCUUAAAAUCCCUCAUGAGAUGCUGAUUUAGAUAUGGUCUGUAUUCCAAUUAUAGGAUUAGUCAAUGGCUCUAAAGCCCUCAAGAACGAUGCGGUUACUAUGGUACACAUUUGUGAAUGAUCUUUUCACAUGAUACAUUUGCAUUACAUGGAUCGUUCUUUAUAAAAGCGUAUG